GGUGCCGUGAGCAUCAUCCCAGAGAGAGGACAUCGAUAUGUUUACUCCUUCUGGGUUUCUGGAGGUAAAUCAGCCACACCGCCGCCAUGCCGUAGAUAACCCGCCGGGCGUGUAGAUGAAGCCUAACGGGGAGUACAGCAGGGAGGACGCCGGGUGGUUGUAACCGAGGGAGGGAGGAUGUACUGGGCUGCUGGCUUCGCCUCCUCCCGACCGUGUGUGGUUGAGCUCGGGCGGAAUCACAGCCUGCCCCUCGGGCUGUGCGGCGCCGAGCAGCAGCAGUCUUUGUAUGGCUAUAUCAUCGCCUUUCCUCUGCAGGACUACGGAGGCAUCAUGUCGGCUCUGGGCUCGGACUCCUGGUGGAAGAAGACCCUGUACAUCACUGGGGGGGCUCUGCUGGCUGCUGCAGCUUACCUACUGCAUGAACUGCUUGCCAUCAGGAAGGAGCAGGAGCUGGACUCUAAAGACGCCAUCAUCCUUCAUCAGUUCUCCAGGCCAAAGAACGGCGUGCCCAGCCUCUCACCCUUCUGCCUCAAAAUAGAGACAUACCUGCGCAUGGUGGACCUUCCCUACCAGAACUACUUUGAUGGGAAGCUGUCCCCUCAGGGUAAAAUGCCCUGGUUAGAGUACAACCACCAACAGGCAUCAGGGUCAGAGUUCAUCGUAGACUUCCUGGAGGAGAAGCUGGGUGUGAACCUCAACCGAAACCUCACCCCCCAGGAGAAAGCUGUGUCCCGGGCUGUUACCAAGAUGGUGGAGGAACACCUCUACUGGACGAUAGCUUACUGUCAGUGGGUGGACAACCUGGAGGAAACUCAGAAGCUUCUAGCGAUGAGCGGCCCACUGAGCGACACCCUGAAGUGGCUGCUGAGUCACCUGAACGGCAGCAUGGUGCGCAGGGAGAUGUACGGCCACGGCAUCGGACGGUUCUCUAAAGAGGAGGUGUACACACUGAUGGAGAAAGACAUGAGGACGCUGGCCACACUGCUGGGAGAUAAAAAGUACUUUAUGGGCUCCAAGAUGUCAACAUUAGACGCCACAGUGUUUGGACAUCUGGCCCAGGCUAUGUGGACUCUACCUGGGACAAGACCAGAACAACUCAUUAAAGGAGAGCUCAUCAACUUGGCCAUGUUCUGUGAGCGGAUGCGGAGGAAGUUCUGGCCUGAGUGGUUUGUGGAGGUGGAGGAUCUUUAUUAUGAAGGAGACAGUGAGAGCAGUGGCGGCGUCUCUCCUACAGGUCUGCUGGACUUCGGACUUUUCUCAAGGACUGACACUCUGGACGACAGCGACGCCAGCAGCCACUCAGCUGGACACACGCACACACACUCCCCCGACUCGGACCACUCGCUCUUUGACUCGGACGUGGGCACGGGAUCUGACAAUGACAUGCAGCUUAAGGAGGAGUUGAUGCCCGACCUGGAGGUUUGACCUGAAAAUGGCCAUGAUUGGCUGACUGAUAAAGACUGACAGGAGGUGGGAAAAGUCUCACAGCCUGGAGGACAACAGCUCCCACAGCUGAGGAAAAUACUCCUCCACCUCUAAAAUCUCAACUGAUAAACCUUCCCGAUGGACAGACUGGGUAUUCAUAUGCAGAGCAUACAAACUGAACCUCAUAAUAAACAUGCUACUGUAUGGUUUGUCCCCUCCUGUUAUGUCAGAACUGUCCACGUGGCAGUUUCUCUUUGCCUUAUUUGUCCCGUCCCAAGAUACAAAAGCAGACGUGAAAAGGUUAACUCAUAGGAAACAUCUCAUCUCACGAAAAGUGUCGAGAUUACAGAGGAGUGUGUAGAGAAGACAGGUGGCACAUCACUUGCUAUGAAACGAUGCAACUAAUCACCACUCCGCCAUGUGUCUUAACGCACAAACCCAUUCGAACAGGUGGAGACUGAUCAUGUGGCUAAAAGAACAGCUGCCGUGUUUCAGCUGUUAAGCAUCCAUGUGCUGCAAAGGAAGCACAGAUGACAUUGAGUGCCAGUCCACGCUCCAUAUCGAUCCUCAUGUCAUUUCCUGUAUGCUGCUGUGUGAGAGGAAUGUUCAUGAAAACACGUUGUUUGUCUCCAUCUGACCACAACUCUUGGUGAUCUUGUAGUUUCAUGGAAGGGAAAGAGAGAAGGAGCAGAUUUGUGCCUGUCUUGUUAAAACACAUUGUUUCUAGUCAUCUUUAUUUCGUAGUAUUUGCUUUGUUUUUGGUGAAGUCGGAGAUAUUCAUUCAUUUCUCUUUGGCAUGAGUAAGGAACUGUAGUUUAACUUUUUGACCACUAGAUGGAGUCAGCAGUCAAUCUGAUGCCUCCAUUAUUUUGCACCAUCAAGGUCAUUCUAUCCUGAUGCUGCUGUCCAUUAAACAUGUUAGAUUUUGUCUUUUUAAACUGUAAACUUUGAUAUCAUGGUUCCCCUUCUUAAACACCCUGCCAGGGUGUUUGAAGACUAGUGAUAAAUGCAUGCUUUCAUAUAUAUGCAGACAUAUCAGCCUUAGUUCUCUCAGACUACAGAAAUAGAUGUUUUUUUAAAGUCUGCAACACUUUUUUAGUUGUUACCAGUGCCACUUUAUUAUUCUUUACAGGAUCUUAUGUGUCAAAUAUUUAUUUUUGUGUUCUAGUACUCUUAAAGAGAGGCAUUAUUUUGCACUAGUGGAAAUUUAUUUUCACUUUAUUUCAAUGGGAGCAGUCUGCUAUAGAGGUAGAGAACAUUAAGGCCAAAUGAAUGGGAAACAUAAAUGUAGAGGAUGUUGAGUGUUCUGAUAAUGAUUGUGUUGGGAGGGGACAGUGCUGCUUAUGUUGGAUGUGUCUGAAUUUUCCUGGGUGUGAAUGUCACAAGUGGAUAAAGGAUUUGUUGCAGAGACAGUCAGAAUAACCAAAUCAGAUUAACAAAACACUAUUUGUAAAAACUCCUUGGAUAAAAUGGACCAAAACAUCUCGGGGAAGUGUUUGCCUUUGUCUGUCAUUUUUUGGCUUUGUGGGAAUGUUCAUGCAAUAAGAUUGCUGUAAAAGAAAAUGGUAAUGGUGCACAUAGAGUAGAUGUCCAGGUAAGAGUCAGCUCAUCAAGACACAAGCAUGUCUUAAAUGAUCUAGUGGUGUUCAGCCAUGACAGGUCUUAGGUUCUGAUACUGUCUCAGGACAAUCAAGGGGUAUUUACGCUGCUCACGGCUCUGACAACACACAAUAAUAUUCAGUUAGGCUUUCCCACUUCCUUUUCUUUUUGUUUAUCCACACAAGUGCUGCAAAUAAGGGUUGUUUCUUUGGAAAAAAGAUAGUCUCCACGGAAGAUGCAAUAUCACUUUUUCUUAAAGGCCAGUUUGGACAAAUCAUCACGGAUGCUCAUAUCAUAUCAAAUAAUCUGAAUGCUGGAAACAGCAUAAUCCUAAACUUAUUAUAAUUUAUGUCCUGUUUCACUUACAUGACAAGUUUAAGAGAUAAUCCAUGAUUUGUUUCAGUUAUGUUGAAUUAAGUUUAUACCAGGGGUCACCAACCUGUACAUCGAGAUCUACUGCUAGAUCUUUGAGGCAUUUCAAGUAGAUCUUAAACACCAAAUGUGUUCUAGGCAUAACUUUGAAUUUCCUUAACCAUUUUAGUUUUCAGUAAGGGAAAGCUAAUCAAACUACGAAAGAGUGUUUUAUACAUGCAUGCAUUGUUUCAGCCUUAUAUUGUUUUCUAAUAUAAAUAGAUAUAACCAUAUUUGCCUGGGACCCCAUUUAUCAUAGUCUCUGGUGGAAUUGCACCUUGCAAAAUUUCUUAAAAUUUCAUGUACAUUACAGUAAAAGUAUUUUUUUUAAAUACUAAGGCUGUUAAAAGAUAAAAAUCUUUAAUCAUGAUGAAUUGUGAUGUUUCUGUAGUUAAUCACGAUUAAUUGCACACUUUAUCGCAUUUUAAAAUUCCACUUUUUUUGCAUUUGAAACAGUUUUGGUGUCAUUUUGGAUUUUUGCAGUCUUAAGCUAAAGGUGAAUGACUUCCUGUUUGGAUACAGACCUGCUUUUAGAAGUAGAUCCAGGAUUAUAACAUGAACUACCCACAGAUAAAGGAACUUGUAAUGGAGUGAAAAGGAAAUAAGAGAAUAUUAGAAAGGUUCAGAUGACUUUUGGCCUGUCCACUGAGCUGUCUGUGAGGUUGUUUUAGGUGAAAUGAGACAUUAAGGUGCUCUGAUGGACUUACUUUAGAUCAGUGGUCCUUAACUGGUCCAGCCUCAGGACCCACCAGUCUGUCUUACGACAGACCACGACCCAAGUUUCCAAAAAGUUUUCAACAACACAUGUUUUGUUAAUUAAAUAUGUACCAAAAUAAAUAUGGAACAAAACACCUGAUAUAAAAAAGAAAAGGGGCAAAACUAAAAAAAUUUGUACCAUCUUUCCCCACCAUUAUGUGUCCAUUUUUGCCAGUUUCCCAGAGAACAUUUGAAAUAACUUAUUCCCACUAUCAUGGGAAAAGUAGCCAUUUAUUGCAAGAAGAGGAGAUGAAUUAGUUGAAACAUUGAUCAAACAUUUAAAUUUACCCAAUUUCACAGUUAAACAGGGUAAAAUAAAAGGUAUUGAUGCAUGCAGUAAGGACUUCAGGACUUUUGCCACCAUUUUUUUUUUCAGACACCUAGUUAAGACCCACUGAAAACUGUUCCGCGACCCACUUUUGGGUCCAGACCCACUAGUUGCGAACCACCACUUUAGAUCGCUGUGGCUGCACGGAGACGCUGGUAUGCCUUAACCAAAGUGUGUUGAAAGGGAUGAUAAACGUGAUUAAUUGCAAUUAAAAAAAAGCUUUGUGCACUAAUUGUGGGUCUUAAUUAAUUACAAUUAAUUCGAUUAAUCUUGACAGACCUGUUUCUUCCAAAACUCUCCUAAUUUCAAUCAAUGAUUAAAAUUUGUGCCAUUUCAUUGAGAUUUUUAUGUAAAAAGCCUUAUAUUUAAUGAUCUGAAUAUAAACAAAUAGCAGUAGUAAGCAUGCUUUUAAACCUUUUUCUGUCUAAUUCUCAUUUCAUGAAAUUCCUCCUUUUAAAUGUUAAGACUGGCAUAAAAAAGUAAAAAUUUAUUUUAAUAUUAAGUUAUUAAAUGUGUUAAAAGGACAAAUAAAUGUAGUGUUUCACUGACAAAAAGUAGUUUUAUCAGUCAAUUUUAUUCCUUUUUUCUCCUCCAUCUUUGACUUCCUUUGACUUCUUUGUCUUGGCGUCUUGCACAUUAAGGAGACCCUAAGGAUCCUCUCGUGAAAAACACAACAUGAGGCUGCAUAAAUUGUUGAACACAAACUUACCAUAUACAAAAAAGCAUUCAUCACUUGUGGAAAUUCUUACACUGGUGAGUGCAUGGUUUGGUUUUGAUUUUCUAACUGAUCGCCUCUGUUUUGAUUUACUGAUGCUCAGACAGCAGAGUGCUACAUAUUACAGGAAACAAGUGAAGAAGAGAAAAAAAUAACAGAGGAUUAAGUUGAAAUAAUGGGUAAUGAGCAGCAUAUUGAGCACAUCACUAAAUUAAUAUUAUAACUACUUAGUGCCUACUAUCGAUGUAUGUUCUGGUUAUUUCCAAACAGUAUUGCCAAGUAAACUUCAACGGUAAAUGUCAGAAUCAAUCAUUUAUUUUCUGAGCCCCUAAAGAUAAAAAAAUGACAAAGCUUUAAGUGUGGUUUUUAAAAUUCUGUGAUCAUCUCAAAUAAAAUUCUCUGUUUCAUUUGUGGAAACCAGAAAUCUCAGAGAGCGAGUGAUUUUAAAUAACUGGAGACAAAAUAUUCUAACUUCCUGCAUGGCUACACACCACUAGAGGAAGAUAUGUGAAGACUUUUGGUGAAUUAAGCAUUUAAAUGAAAGUCUGAACAGAAUGAUGAGUUAUUGAUGGAGGGCCAUAGUUUGAUCCAGAUACCAGGACUCAAGAGACCACCUUCUUCCACCAUGUCAUCCUGUGGUUCACUCUGACCCGCCCUGGCCUGGGUGCUGUUUCAUCACCCAGGCUGGACAUCAUAUACAGAGGACUGCUUUAAUCAAGCCAUAUUAAAACUAAAUGUCUUGUUACUGGAUCCAUGUCAUAGCAUUACUUCUUGGGUAAUGUAAAUAUUGUAUGUGUGAUAAUGUGUACCAUACUGUAUGUAGAACCGACUGACUGAGCAAACUACCUAUGGAUGUGCAGUCAA